CUACAGAACGCUGUGAAAUUGUCAUCAGUGAUAAACACAGGUUCAAGAUACAUGGCAGCUUGAGGCAUUACAUUGAGACGUUUUUGAUGGUUUUGUGUGAUGUAACCAGGAUAAAUAUAAGGAGUGGUUUUGCAAAGCAGACAGUAAUGGAGUAUAUGAGCACUGGUAGUGAUAGCAAAGAGGAAAUUGAAUUGUUGCUGACUAAUUUAAAUAUGUCUGAGGUGAUAGACAUCAUGGAAAACCUUUAUCCAGAUGGGGACCUUGCAGUUUAUGAAGACAGCAUAAUUACAAUGUGUGAAGAGGCAAAUCAAAAUGAAGAGCGUGCAGAAUCUUUACUGUUUUGUGAAAGGGAAGUUUCUUUGAUGUCAUGUGUCAAAUAUGGGACUGUGGAAGACUUGCUUGCUUUUGCAAAUCAAGUGUCUAACACUACCAAACAACGUAAAGGAUGCCGGCAGCAAGAAUCUGGAAUCCUUUUGAAUAUGAUCACACCCAAGAAUGGGCGCUAUCAGAUUGACUCGGAUGUGCUCCUGUUCCCGUGGAAGCUGACUUACAGGAAUAUUGGCUCUGACUUUAUUCCUCGGGGAGCUUUUGGGAAGGUGUACCUCGCCCAAGAUAGAGAAACCAAAAAACGAAUGGCAUGCAAGCUGGUCCCAGUGGAACAGUUCAAACCGUCAGAUGUUGAAAUACAAGCCUGUUUCCGUCAUGAAAACAUUGCUGAAUUAUACGGUGCUAUUCUGUGGGAUGAGACUAUCCAUCUGUUCAUGGAAGCUGGAGAGGGAGGAUCUGUCAUGGAAAAGCUGGAGAGCUGUGGGCCUAUGAGAGAGUUUGAAAUCAUUUGGGUGACAAAGCAUAUCCUGAAAGGACUUGACUUUCUCCACUCCAAAAGGAUUAUCCACCAUGAUAUCAAACCAAGCAACAUUGUCUUUAUGUCAACUAAGGCUGUUUUGGUGGAUUUUGGCCUAAGCGUCCAAAUGACUGAAGACGUUUACUAUCCCAAAGACCUUAGAGGAACGGAGAUUUACAUGAGUCCUGAAGUCAUCCUCUGCAGAGGCCAUACAACAAAAGCUGACAUCUACAGCAUGGGAGCUACUAUUAUUCAUAUGCAAACUGGCAUCCCACCCUGGGUGAACAGAUACCCUCGCUCUGCAUAUCCCUCCUACCUUUAUAUUAUACACAAACAAGCUCCCCCCUUAGAGGACAUUGCUGAAGACUGCAGUACUUCCAUGAGGGAGCUGCUAGAAGCAGCGCUAGAGAGGAACCCUAAUCACAGACUAUCUGCAGCAGACCUGCUGAAACAUGAAGCCUUGCACCCCCCGCCAGAGGAGCAGCCACGGUGCCAGAGUCUGGACUCAGCAUUGUUUGAAAGAAAAAGACUGCUCACAAGGAAGGAGCUGCAGUUGCCAGAAAAUAUUACAGAUUCCUCGUUGUGUACAGGGAGCACGGAUGAGUCGGACCUGCUAAGGAGGCAAAGAUCGCUCUACAUAGAUCUUGGAGCUCUAGCUGGUUACUUCAAUAUUGUUAGGGGACCUCCAGCAUUAGAAUAAGACUGACUCGGUAAUGGUUUAUGUCUGCAGGUCGGAAAUGGACCUCUACCUCUUAAAACUGGUUUUUAAAACUUGAUUUUCAAAUCUGUACAUAAAAAUAUUGCGACUGUAGGCUGUCAAAUGUGAAUGGUGUUUAAUUGCACAGGUGAUUAAGCUAAACCCUUAGGGGCUCCAAUAAGCUGAUUCCAAGUGAUGAUGUCUGUGUGUCUGCUGGGAUCAACAAGAAGAAGGCAGAAAGAAGGCUGCUGGGAAUGUCUUACUCUGGGGAAUCUUCCUGUGCUGGGCCUGCACUUUUGUAAGACUUAUAAAAUAUGCUUGCAACUAUUGCCAUCAAAAAGUUGAGCAUGUGGGCUGUAAGAUCUGGUCCAUCUGAGCUAUCCUUAGUGAAAGACUUAAAAAAGUCUUUGACCUAACUCAGUCUGUGGUCAUUCUCGGUGCAAAUCAAGGCCUCCCUUUGGCCGAGCUAACUUGCUUCAGCUGACUCUAGAGCCAGAGACGUCCAGAGCCAAAUGUCACUUGAUUAGAGAUAUGUUUUAGCUUUGCACCUUCCCUGGGCUGUCAGGGCUAAGUUGGGUACUCUGCCCUCUUCUACCUGGGCAGAGGGAAUCCUUCACUGGCUUUUUUUUUUUUUUGGCUUUGGGAGAAGCACAGCAAGCCAGCCCUUGCAAAGCAGGGCAGUGACUCCAGCUGCGCUUGAUGUUACAGCUACUGCAAGGAUAAUUUGGGUAGUGUUCAAAGGCAAAUGUUAUUUCCUAUUGGUAACAGUGGGCACACUCCAGACUUUUGCUUUUUAAUGCUUUGACACUGUACACUUAUAUAAUUGCCUUGAAUGCUAUGGUAUGGAAAGCGCGUCAUUAGUGACAAGCUGUGUUUAUGUUCCUAUGGAAAUGGAAUUACAUUGUUCUUGCUGUGCCUCAUACAUUUGAAACAUUAUGUUUUGGAUGAUAGUAAAACUAUGUAAAUUGCAUAGUUCUGUACAUCCCAUGGGAUGAGAACGUAAACUUUUAUAAAACUCCCUUUGAUGCUUAGGAUGACUCUUUUUAAGCAUUUGUGUUAAAGUGGCAUACUAUGUAUGUUGUACACUGAAUCUUUUCUGAAGCACGGUCUCUUUUUCAUGUAUCUGUUAUUUAAUACUGCUCCUGUCUAACAAAUGAUCUUAAGCAGAUGAUUUCCAGUUUGAUACUUAUCAAAUGUCAAAUGAAUAAAUCUAGCUCAGUGCCUU